UUCCAUCUGUCACUGGAAAUUUCCGGAAAUUUAAACCGGAAUUUUUUAUCGAUUGGAAAGUGCCCCUUGUGUCAUGCUUUUAGAAAAAGCUAAUUAGCCAAUCAGGACGCACGGAGAAUCCAAUCUAAGUUUCAAUAUGAGGAUGAAAGAAGGAAAGCUUUUAAAACCAGCAGAAUUGCAUUUCAUUUCUAAACAAACAGUGUUAACACAUCUCUUAAUUCACUUAGAGUUGUGCUUCGAAAGAGUUAGCACCGCGAGUACGGUUCAGUUUGAAAAGUAAAGCCUUACAUUAUGUUACUAGCAUCUAAUUCGACGAUUUCUGUUAUUCGCAACGAAACUGCUCCGGGCCAAGACAACUGGUCCUGUAUCUUUGUUAACUCGAUUGGUGAGAGAAUUUCCAAACUUUGUGUGUACUGUGUUGUUCUACUUGGCAGUUUUUUCGGGAACAUCUUCAUAAUUCUCAUCGUCUACAAGCAUCGAGAUUUACGAAAAACAAUCAACUAUUUGAUCGUGAACAUGACCUUAUCUGAUUUAGUUUUUCCACUGAUUUUACUUCCUCUUAAAAUAACUGAAGUGGUGACGGACUCUUGGCAUUGGCGCGUUAGUGGAAUCCUAGGAUCUAUUUUGUGCAAGUUGUCUUAUUUUGCAAGUUCAGUGUCACUUUUUGUUUCUACUCAAAGCUUGGUGUGGAUAGCAAUUGACAGAUUUGUCGCUGUGGUUUUUCCAAUGAAACUUGGACUUAUUUCAACCAAGAUUCGCACGAUAGCUAUCAUUUCGACUUGGAUAUUUGCAGGAGUGUUAAACAUUCCAUGGCUAUUAACAUCGAAACUUUUAGAACGUGGUAAUAUGAGGUUUUGUGUUGUAAUAUACCCAGAGGAGGUUUUUCCAAACCAGGAGGCUAUCGCUGCAUAUACUUGGCUUCAUGUGACCUUUGUAUCUAUCGCACCGUUAUUUGUGAUAACCGUUUUAUAUUCUGCGAUAGCAAUUUCCUUGAAAAGACAGAAUAGGGCCCUCUCGGACUCCGCACCAAGUCUGCAAAGGCAUUCUCUAAAGAAACGAAGACAAGCUAUUCAAAUGGCGGUUGUCAUUGUAGUGUUUUUUUACAUUGUUGCCAUUCCUCAAACGUUGGUAUAUUUUACGUCCCAACUGGGACGUUCGUGGCCUUGUGCUUUCCUGAGGCCAUCUAUUUACUUUAUUGCGAAUUUUGCAUUGUGUUCGUCUUCUGUUGUCAAUCCAAUAAUCUGUCUGUCAUUUGUUGGAAGUUACCGUCGUGGAUUAAGAAACAUUUUGUGUUCCUGUUGUAGAAAACGGAACAAUAAGGUGACAAGAUGCGAGCAAAUAACUCUAAGGAGAAUAAAACAUAUUCCUGAUGGAAACUGUGGGUGACACAGCAAACCAAAACACUCUAAUUCUUAUGCGGGUAGUUUUGGAGCUCACCUCUGG